ACAAGCCAAAGCUGCAAGUUCCCUAGGAAACUCCAAAGAUGGUCAAACCUCCAGCAAAGAGACAUCUACACUUCAGAACUGCAGUUUAAAAGCAGAAGAAUCACUCAGGACCUGAAUUUUACAAGCAGGUGUAACUUGUAAGCAAUCACUUUAAAUUCGGUGAGGUGGCCCUUGUUGACCCGUGAACAAAAAUGGGCACAGCCAUGCGAUGCAUUUCUGUUGUGUGAGACGUUUCUUACACAGGAUCCAUCAGAACAGCAGGCUCAAUGGCAUGGAACUCCAUAGUGAAACAAAGACUACAGCUCCAAGUCACAAACCAGAGAGGGGUCCCACCUCUUAAAACAUUUCCAGUACAUCAACAUGGAUCAUCUUCUCCAAACACUGGUGCCUAUAGCAACAGCAUGCUUCAGGGGAGGCCCCUGAGAGACUCAAGAAAUCUCUCUGACAAAAAUGCUAGGAAAUCAUUCACAGCCAAAAAAGCUCUGCUCAUAGCAUGCGGAGUGCAAUGUGUCCUGUCACCACGACCCUCCAACUGCUCCACAUCAUCACCCCAUAAAGAUGAGAAAGACAGGCCUCAUUCCACCUCCGCAAGAGGACAGAAAAGCAGUAGAGAAAACCGUGUUGAAACCGAGGGUGAACUGAAGGUAUGGGAUGCAUACACUGUGAUAAAAAGAACAGAGGAGAGACAGAGAGCGAGGAGCAGUAUACACAGACAGAGAGUCCCGCCAGAUUCAAGCCAGCGGCCUUCCACUGUCCCACUAGAGAAUCAAACGGGACGCCGAGCACUAAGCACACCAGAAACUCCUAUCUGUAAGAUUCUCUGGAGAAGAAAAGAUGACCAAAAUGUCCUUCAAGAUAGGCCGCAAGAUUUUACUGAAGAUGAGAGUCUCAAUCUAACCCCAUCACUACAUCUCUACCUGCCUUCAUCAUAUCAGCUGCAAGAGCAGAAAGAAGACACAGCACCCUCACAGGAAAAUAGCAGCUCAGAAGUACACGAGAAGCAAGACGUCACAGAGGAACUCACCAUGGAGAGCCAAAAACAAGACAUCACCCUCAGUAAAACAGAAGGUGAAGAACAAAAUGAUUUCACAGAUGGCAUACGAUGUGAUAUUACGGAUACCUGGCAGAAUGACAUACAGAAAGAUACUCCUGAGAAUGACAUGACUGAAGAAAGACCUCCACAAGACGUCACAGAUGACGACAGACAACAAGAAACCAUGGAAAAUCAAUGCAACAUUGAUAGAUCUUUUAAUAUUGUUGACGACAAGCAAGAAUAUGACAUUAUAGAGAAGCCUGAAGUCAUAUACAGGAGAAACAGAAGUUCAUACAAAGCAUCCGAUGCCAAACUCACAGUCAAAACACGUUAUCCAGCUACAGCUACAGCGCUAACGUUCCCAUCCACCCCGACGCAUAGAAAUCCCUCUCCCACUCUUAGCCUCCUGCCAUCGUUUUAUGGAACUUCUUUUGGCUAUCGCGUCAGAACCACAUCUGAGCCCUGCCGAUCCAAAACAAGGAUCAGAAAAGCUUGUAAUGACAAUAGAACUACACAGCCCAUGACUGACAUGCGACAUACCAUAGAAAUAAAAGGAAAUCCAUGCAUAAUACAAACAAGGGCUGGAGUGCCAGUCAGCCCCCACCCCAAAAUAAUGAGCACUGAGAGGGGGUCCCAACCUCAUAAAAUCAAAACCACCAAGACAUUUUUGUGGGGACCAGAGGGGCCCCAAGAGACUAAGACAGUGUGUGAACUACACAGUCAAGUGAACAGGUGGAGAAGCCUGGAUUAAGUCUGACAGAACAGUUGUGUGUGGCUUUUCGUUCCUUUCCAAUACAGAAAAUCUGCUUUGCUAAAUGAUGUUUGAUUGAAUCAAAGCAGUGCAGAUUGACAUGUUAGACCACUUUAGGUUUAAACUCAAAUGUAUUAUGACUUUGAGAGGAACAGCUUUAGCACCGUUUGCAAUGUUCAGUUUAGUCCAGGAAAGAAGAGUGAUAGCGUUUUUUCUGGUCUUCCUCAGUGAAUGGCGCUUAAGCUGUAUUGACAUUGAUUAUGAUGUUAUUAUGAUUCAUCGAAAAUUAAAUCCUUGCAGGUUUUGGUGUUUUCCCCCA